CAAUAACAUUUUGUGAUUUAGUUAAAUUGUAAAGGCACAUAACGGUUUUAACAUUACCGUAGUUGUUUGUGUGCGACCAGGUAGUGUUGUCGUUUGGUGGCUCGGGAGCAUGGAAGCAGAAGACUGCCACAUACGCAUAGACAGGCCGUACUAUGAGCAUAGGAAACUGAGGGAAGAUUUCUAUUACGAAAAACCGAAAAAAGCGAAUGCAGCCAAAGAAUGGUCGGAAAACUUUCGACCGAAGAAAUUUAUAGUAAGCGUUUUUCCCGUGUUCGAGUGGAUUUUCAAAUACAACUGGAAGAAAGAUAUCGCGCCAGACAUAAUUGCCGGAUUUACAGUGGCCAUUAUGCACAUACCGCAAGGUCGAAUGGCCUACGCCAUGUUGGGAAAUGUGCCCGCAAUCGUCGGCAUUUAUAUGGCUUUUUUUCCUGUAUUGGUGUAUUUCUUCUUCGGAACGUCUCGGCAUAACUCGUUGGGAACAUUUUCCGUAGCCUGUUUGAUGACGGGAAAAGCUGUGAUCGAGCACAGCGAUCCCAGCUACUUCGCCAACUCUCCCGAGAUUAGUAAUGGGACUAUGACUGGUGAACCCACUGGCUAUAGUCCGGUACAAGUAGCUACGGCAGUAACGUUUAUAGUGGCACUAUUCCAAAUCGCUAUGUACGUUCUGAGAUUGGGCAUCGUGAGCGCAUUAUUGUCCGAAACGUUGGUGAGCGGGUUUACUACUGGCGCGGCGAUUCAUGUGCUGGUUUCUCAGAUAAAAGAUCUGUUAGGUCUAAGUAUACCCAAGUUUAAAGGCAACUUCGUUAACAUUUACACGAUGAUAGCCGUAUUCGAGAGAAUCUCCUCAGUAAACGUGGCCGCUUUGAUUAUAUCGGCUGUAACGAUUUUUACGUCAGUGAUCAAUAACGAUUAUUUGAAGCCUAUAGUCGCCAAGAAGUCACCAAUUCCGUUUCCUAUGGAGUUGGUAGCCGUCGUGGUAGGCACGGUGGUUUCAAAAUACUGUUAUUUGGUCGACUCGUACGGAAUCAAGGUUGUUGGGGACAUACCAGUAGGCAUACCCGAACCCCACCUUCCGCCGUUUGGGUUAAUGUCGAGCAUGGUGGUGGACGGCAUCACCAUAGCGAUCGUCUCCUACACGAUCAAUUUGUCCAUGGCUUUAAUUUUUGCCCAGAAAUUGGAUUACGAGGUCGACGCCAACCAAGAGUUACUAGCGAUGGGCGCAGGCAACAUAGUAGGCUCAUUCUUCUCCUGCAUGCCGGUAUGCGCGUCCCUUUCAAGGUCUCUGAUACAGCAGGUUGUCGGUGGCGUGUCUCAAAUAGCCUCUAUAGUGUCCUGCGCCAUAUUGCUGGCGGUGUUGUUGUGGAUUGGCCCGUUCUUCGAAUUACUUCCAAAGGCCGUGCUAGCAAGCGUUAUAGUCGUCGCGCUCAAGGGCAUGUUGCUGCAGACCCUCGAUUUUCUCAAGUUUUGGAAACUGAGCAGGAUCGACGCUUUGGUUUGGGCUACGACGUUUUUGUCUGUGGUUUUCAUCGGGAUCGACAUCGGAUUAGGUAUCGGCAUAGCGAUGUCGCUAUUUACCAUUUUCGUGCUUAGCUUUAGGCCGUACACCUGCCUUCUGGGCGAAGUGCCCAACACAGACUUCUACUUGGACAUAACCAGAUAUAAAGGGGCAAAAGAAAUUAAAGGGAUGAAAAUUUUCCAUUACUCGGGUGGACUUAACUUCGCCACCAAAUCUAUCUUUAAAGCGGAUCUGAUACGCUUGGUGGGGGUCAAUCCGCAGAAAGAGGUCAUCUACAGGGCAAAACUCGCUAAAUAUUUAGACAGGGCGGAAGAAAAGUCGAAGAAGUCCUUGUCGACCAAGCUCGAGAGGGUGCAACACAAAGUGAACACGGACUUGAGGUGUCUGAUACUCGACUUUUCUUCGGUUAGUUACAUCGAUCCUUCGGGAGUGACGAUGCUAAAAAGUAUUAUCGAAAGCUUUAUGAAGCUGAGCGUUCCCGUUUACAUAGCGGGCAGUAAAGAGCACGUGUACGAAAUGCUUACCAAAUGCGAUCCGGAAUACUGUAAGAAUUUGGGAUUCAGACUGUUCCCCACCGUCUACGACGCUCACCACUAUUCCACGGAAAUAUUCCGGACCAGUUCUAAUUCCAGCAUAUCGACGAUCAAGAUCUAAUAUCAAAAAGCGACUGAUUCUUUUGUUGUGUAUUUAUUUUUGGGUGUUCGUUUCAGAUGUAUUAAACUUAUUUUUGUUGCAUGGCGUUUUAAUUCCUCGAGUCAAACUAAAAUGGACCUAGAAUGAAUUAAUGAAUAGGAAAAACCCUUUUUUGGAUGUCACUCAAGAGACAUUAAAUAAAAAUUAUCCUAAUGGUUUUUCAUGUACAAA